CCUGCUUAACCUGGCGACACCGAAAGGCAGCCCCAUCGCAAGAAUAUAAUUGAAUAGGUUGGUAUCUGGUAACGGCUAGCAGCCCUGAAAGGUUUCAAGUGGCAUUAGGAGGAUGUGAACUGCACAUAUCAUAAUUUUAGUUUCACAUUUUAUUUACUUGUUUUAUGUUCUGCUUUGAUCUCAAUAGACAAAGUGGGAGGUGGCAGCGAUGGGGCGCGCAACACGCUCCAUCCAAAACAGCUUUGAAAGCUGCAUGUCGUCAUGCAUGGACCGUGUGGAUCGCUGUAUCAAGUACAUAGAGCCUUUCCUAGCGGUCGCGGCUGUUGGCCUGGUGCUUCUGGACGUGUACUCAUUCUUCAGUUUCAUCGUCUCACGCAUCGUAUCCCGCAGCGGCUCAGCUGCUGCCGCGCUGCACACGCUAUGGGCGUUAUGGCUGCUAUUCAACGUGAUUUGGAACCAGGCGCACUGCACCCUCACCAGCCCUGGAACCACGACUGAGGUGCAUGAGCAGGCGCUGCAGCUGGCCAUGACGCACAGCUGGCGCUGGUGCCGCAAGUGCAACCGCGGGAAGCCGCCGCUGGCGCACCAUUGCAGCGUGUGCAACAGAUGCGUAUUGAAGAUGGACCACCACUGCGUGUGGAUGGCCAACUGCGUGGGCUUCUACAACUACCGCUUCUUCGUGCUCUACCUGCUUUACAUGUGGGUGGGCGCCGCCUACUCGGCAGCCGUGCACUGGGCCUACGUGCCCGGGCUGCUCAAGCUGGAUGAGCCGGGCGGAGCGGGGAUGCUGCCAUUCUUCAUGUUCGUGCUGUCCGCCUCCGUGUGGCUGGCGCUGUCGGCGCUGCUGGGCUGGCACGUGUGGCUCGUCCUGACGGGGCAGGGCACCAUAGACUACCUGGACAACAGCAGCCGCGAGGCGGAGGCGCGCGCGGCGGGCCGGCGCUGGGUGAACCCCUACCACCUGGGCGCGGGGGCCAACUGGCGGGAGACGUUUGACGUGCACGGCAGGUGGUGGUGGCUGGCGUGGGUGCUGCCGACGCGGAGGAGGAAGCUGGGGAACGGCUACGUGCUGCCGCAGGUUGACCCCGGGGGGAGCCUGUUGGGUGCGAUGGGCUCGGCAGCGCUGCCCCUGCGGUCUGGCACGGCCGCCGCGGGCAGUGGGAGCAUCGGCAGUGGCAACAGCAACUUUGUAUAACGACGCAGAGCUGCAGCGAGCAGCACGGAAGCUGCACAACUGUGUCACAUCGCAAGGAGUGGCAUCCAUAGGAACCCCGCCAUGUCUAGGAGUCGUAUGCGCAAGCUGGUGGGUAGUAGGACACGUGCACAUGACCGAAUGCCACUUGACACGGUUUUCCUUAUUGUGCCGGUACGAAGCGAGGCAUGGCAGGUCGCGACAAGCCCCUCUUGUGCGUACGGUAGCUGUCCGUGUACAGGUGCGUGCAAGUGUACGGCGUGCGUUUGGAGAUGAUCUCUUUCAUGCAAUCCAUGGGGCUGGGGCCAUCGGUGCGCUUUAUGCGCUGGUAGAUGACGGCUCGUCCGGGGUGGGAAAUGGACGGUGCGUUCCUGCUCGCGGCCAGUUUUCUUAGCCAUGCAUAACCACAUAGCGAGGCCGUGAAACUUAAUGAAUGAAGCUUGGGAUGACGCCGCCAAGGUUGUAUGUUCUGAUGUUUUUUGAUGAAGUGGUGAGGGCCCGCCAAGGGUGUAUGCACCGUUAGUGGGUCUCGAGCAGGCAGCGCCUACAUAGCUGUGGAGUCCGGGCAGUGUAUAGCAGGCUAGCUGGGGCCAUGUUUCGCUCACCUGCAUGCGACCCCAACCGAGGGAGUUCAUGCUUUAGGACCUUGUCUCUAGACCUUCUACAAACUGCAGUGAUUGCAGGCCGCAGUGGAGAGCGGUUGUGCUCUUGGAACAUGUGCCUGUUGAGCACGACCAUUUCGACUUGGCUGGAGGCUUUGGCAACGGCAUGUGUUCAGACACUGUGGUAAUGUGGAGGUCAACAUGCCACGCCAAAUGUGCAUACGCUCGGCACACAAAAGAUCCGAGCUCGGGGGUUGAGCUGUGCUGAACGGAAGCAAAACACUUUUACACGUCCAGGGAUGACGCCGCUGAAGUAAGCAAACG